CGGCCUCCUGCUCCCUCCCCCCGGCCCCAGCUCAGCAGCCCUAUGGCGUACAGUCAGGGCGGCGGCAAGAAGAAAGUCUGCUACUACUAUGACGGUGAUAUUGGAAACUAUUACUAUGGACAAGGGCAUCCGAUGAAACCUCAUAGGAUCCGAAUGACCCACAACUUGCUGCUAAAUUAUGGCUUAUACAGAAAAAUGGAAAUUUAUCGACCCCACAAAGCUACUGCAGAAGAAAUGACCAAGUACCAUAGUGAUGAAUACAUCAAAUUUCUCCGAUCAAUAAGGCCUGACAAUAUGUCUGAGUACAGCAAGCAGAUGCAGAGAUUUAAUGUUGGAGAAGAUUGUCCUGUAUUUGAUGGCCUAUUUGAGUUCUGUCAGCUGUCAACUGGAGGCUCUGUUGCUGGGGCAGUAAAAUUGAACAGACAACAGACAGACAUGGCUGUUAAUUGGGCUGGAGGACUUCACCAUGCCAAGAAAUCAGAGGCAUCUGGUUUCUGUUAUGUCAAUGAUAUUGUGCUUGCUAUCCUUGAGUUACUGAAGUAUCACCAAAGAGUGUUGUAUAUUGAUAUUGAUAUUCAUCAUGGUGAUGGUGUUGAAGAAGCAUUUUAUACUACAGAUCGUGUCAUGACAGUAUCAUUCCAUAAGUAUGGUGAAUAUUUUCCAGGCACAGGGGACCUUAGGGACAUUGGUGCUGGAAAAGGCAAAUACUAUGCUGUCAACUUUCCAAUGAGAGAUGGUAUAGAUGAUGAAUCAUAUGGACAGAUAUUCAAACCAAUUAUAUCCAAAGUAAUGGAGAUGUACCAGCCCAGUGCUGUGGUAUUACAGUGUGGAGCAGAUUCACUGUCUGGUGACAGGCUGGGAUGUUUUAAUCUUACUGUUAAAGGUCAUGCUAAAUGUGUGGAAGUUGUAAAGACUUUUAACUUGCCAUUGCUGAUGUUGGGAGGAGGAGGAUAUACAAUUCGUAAUGUUGCUCGAUGCUGGACAUAUGAAACUGCUGUUGCCUUAGACUGUGAAAUUCCUAAUGAAUUGCCAUACAAUGACUACUUUGAGUAUUUUGGACCAGAUUUCAAGCUUCAUAUUAGUCCUUCGAAUAUGACUAAUCAGAAUACACCAGAAUAUAUGGAGAAGAUCAAGCAGCGCUUAUUUGAAAACUUGCGUAUGCUACCUCAUGCACCUGGUGUACAGAUGCAGGCCAUUCCUGAAGAUGCUGUUCACGAAGACAGUGGUGAUGAGGAUGGAGAAGAUCCAGACAAACGCAUUUCUAUUCGAGCAUCUGAUAAGCGCAUAGCCUGUGAUGAAGAAUUUUCAGAUUCUGAAGAUGAAGGGGAAGGUGGACGACGAAAUGUUGCAGAUCAUAAGAAAGGAGCAAAGAAAGCCAGGAUAGAGGAAGACAAAAAAGAGACGGAGGACAAAAAAUCAGAUGUUAAGGAGGAGGAUAAAUCCAAGGACAGCAGUGGUGAAAAAACAGAUGCCAAAGGAGCAAAAUCUGAACAGCUCAGCAAUCCUUGAACAAAAGAUAGCCUCUCAUCAGUUGCAGAACAUAAUACUAGAGUUGGAGAAUACCUAAAAGAAGAAAAGUUUUCGUAUGGAGAGAGACUGCUGAUUUCAUUUUGUACUAUUUGGCAUGGACCGUAUUUAUUUUCAAACGGCUUUGUUCUGGUUUUUGGCAAGUUGUAUUGUGAGUUUUCUAAUUAUGAGGCAGAAAAUUCUUUUCUUCACCAUGCUUUAUGUAAUAGUAUUUAAAAAUGGAUGUGAGUUAUUAUGUUAAAUGUCUAAACUGAUCUAUUAAAGUAAUUUGCCUUUCCUGAGCUGAUUUUACCUUUUUUGUAAUUUUAUCUUUAUUAAAAAAAAAAAAAAAAAAAAAAAGAAAAA